UGUGUGUGUGUGUGUGUGUGUGUGUGUGUGUGUGUGUGUGUGUGUGUGUGUGUGAUGUCAGAAGCCGUGCUGUUGGAUCUCAUUCACGGCUUCUGUCCAACAUGCUGCGCGUCCCUGCUGGAGGAACGCGCAGCAGAGCCGCGUGUGUUCCUGCUGUGUGGACAUGAUCAUCAGAACAACAACAGCUUUACUGACGCGUCUGUGCUCUCGGGCAGCAGCGUGCAGGUGCUGGACUCCAGCUCCACCGCGGAGUGUUUGUACCGGUUCAAGCAGAUUGUGGACGGGCUGAACCUGAGCUUGGUCACGGUCCUCACGUCCCCGCAGGGCAGACAGGUGCUAAGUUUGUACCAGGACCUGCUUUUUACAGCCGUGUACACUUUUGACUACACAGUGAAGUCAGUUGACAGCACCUGUCCGAGCUGCAGAAGCCUAGCCCACAGAGAUCUACCUGGUGAAAGAGUCCAUGAAGAAGUGUGUGCGUUCCUGCAGCAGCUGCCUGCUCUACAGGGUGACGUCAGGACUCUGGCGUCAUCACUGAUUCCAGACUGUUUCGGUCAUGGCUUCAGUACUCGUACAGGUGGAGUGUCCUACAUUCCCACCCUGUCCUCCUUGAAUCUGUUCAGCAGCAGCAGGAGGAGAGAGUCCGGGGCUGUGGUGCAGGAAAACAGACGUCGACUGGCCCUCCAUGCUGGUUUUCACCCUCAACCACUUCACUUUGUCAAGGUGAACCACGCCAGUGAUGUCUGGGUUAUGGGAAAAGCCGAGCCAGAGAGCUAUGAUGCGAUUGUAACCAAUCGGAGUGAAGUGGUUUUAGCAGCUCCAGGGGCAGACUGCAUGCCAGUCCUGUUUGCUGAUCCGGUGUCAAUGGUCAUCGGAGCGGCUCACGCAGGCUGGAAAGGAACCCUGAUGGGGGUUGCUACGGCAACGGUAGAGGCCAUGGUGACAGAGUUUGGUUGCCAGGUGAGCAACAUCAUUGUGGCCAUUGGACCAUCAGUGGGGGCUUGUUGUUUCACUCUGGGGAGAGAGCAGGCACUCGACUUCCAUCGCAUCCAUCCAGACUGUGUUCCUGAUCCACAGUCAGCCAGACCACAUGUAAACAUCCGCCUCGCCAACAGAAUUCUCCUGGAACAAGGUGGGAUCCUGCCUGAGCACAUCCAUGACGACAUGAUGACAGACAGGUUUUGUGUGACGCCCUGCACCUCUUGUCACCCCGAGGCCUUCUUCUCCCACGUCAGAGACGGGAUCAACUUCGGCACCCAGGUGGGCUUCCUGUGGAUCAAGAAAAACUGGAAAACAGAGCCAACCCUCAGCAGACAAGAUGGUGUGGAACUGACAGAAUGAGCGGUCGUCACAGAUAUCAUCUAUCUGUGUUUUUGGGACUUUAUCCUUAUCCUCCUUCAUUUAAUGAAUAGGUCAAAAUGCCUGAAAACAGCAAAUCAACAGAGAAAAUAAAUCCCUUUUACAUUUUAUAUAUAUAUAAUAUACAUAUUCAUAGUCAAAUAUUGAAUAUAGCCUCUCCUGAUGAAUAAUGACUGCUAAAUCUGUACUCUUUGUUGCUCAAUUAGUAUUUUGUGUUCUACUGUUUCAAAGCAUAUUAAUUUGAAUGUAAAAUCAAUCUUACCUGCACUGUUAAAAGUUCCAGCUGAGUGGAUUUUUUUUAACAAGUGCAAUUAAGAUCAGCAGCUGUUGUCAAUGUGACUUUAAUAAGUUGUCAAGUUGCAGGCAGGAGCCCAAGCGAUGGCUGCUGUCGCUUUAUCAGACUAAUGAUAAGCUAUGUGGUCGAGUGCUUGAAUGUUUCUCUUGAAAAAGGGAUCACAAUCUCAACUACCUGAUUAAAUAAAGUUUUAAAAAAUGAUGAUGUACAUAAAGCAUGUGCCUCAGUCCACUCAUGCUUCCACUGAAGAGCUGAAAACAUCAGAUCUGUGUGGAGCGAUGAGGGGACUGUUUAAUGGCAGUAACUGGAGAAUUACAGUCACCAUCUGUUAAUGAUGCCGUUUACUUGACCAAAAUGUAACUAUUUCAUAAAUUCACUACAAUUGUUGACAUCAAACAGGAGUCCAUUCCUU